AUGGGUGACUGGAGUUUCUUGGGGAACAUUUUAGAAGAAGUGAAUGAGCACUCCACAGUCAUCGGAAGAGUCUGGCUCACGGUGCUCUUCAUUUUUCGAAUCCUGAUUCUGGGAACAGCUGCCGAAUUUGUCUGGGGAGAUGAACAGUCAGACUUUGUAUGCAACACCCAGCAGCCUGGUUGUGAGAAUGUCUGCUACGAUGAGGCCUUCCCUAUCUCCCACAUCCGGCUCUGGGUCCUGCAGAUCAUCUUUGUCUCUACCCCUUCACUGGUGUACGUGGGGUAUGCUGUGCAUCAUGUGCGGAUGAUGGAGAAGAAGAGAGAGAGGGAGCGGGCAGAAAGGCAACAGCAAGCUGAGAUGGAUGAAGAGAGGCUACCCCUGGCUCCAGACCAAGAGAGCACCAGGAACACCAAUGAAAUCAAUCCCAAAGGGGGCAAGAAGUUCCGACUGGAGGGAACACUCCUGGGAACCUACAUUUGUCACAUCAUUUUCAAAGCCAUUUUCGAGGUGGGGUUCAUAGUGGGCCAGUACUUCUUGUAUGGCUUCCGAAUUCUGCCCCUGUACCGCUGUGGCCGGUGGCCCUGCCCCAACCUUGUGGACUGCUUUGUAUCCAGGCCCACUGAGAAGACAGUCUUCAUUAUGUUUAUGCUGGCUGUGGCCUCAGUAUCCCUCAUCCUCAACCUUGUGGAGAUCAGUUACUUGAUCUUGAAAAGGAUCCGCCUGGUUUUCAGGAGGCCAACAGAAGAACAACUGAGGGAGAUCCCAGAGAAGCCCCUCCACUCCAUUGCAGUCUCUUCUAUUCAGAAGGUCAAGGGCUACAAGCUGCUGGAGGAGGAGAAGCCAGUGUCCCACUAUUUACCUCUGACGGAAGUGGGGGUAGAAGCUGGUCCCCCUCCAUCUUCUUUCAAAGACUUGGAUGAGAAGCUUGGUAUGGGGCCCUUGGAAGACCUAUCCAGGGCCUUUGAUGAGAGGUUGCCAUCCUAUUCUCAAGCAGAAGAGCAGAAAGAGGAGAAGGUAGAAGCAGGGGAAGAGGAGCAGGAGCAAGAAGAAGAGGAGGAGCAGCAGGAACCAGAAGAAGAGCUGGAGACAGAGAAGGUGGUAGAGGAGCAGGAGCCACCAGGAGAGGAACUGCCUUCAGUGCCUACUGAACUGACAGCUGAUACGAGACCUCCCAGCAGGCUAAGCAAAGCCAGCAGCCGGGCCAGGUCAGAUGAUUUGACUGUAUAAGGGUGUGGGGAGCAACUACACACACACAAAAAAUCACAGAUGUUUUUAAACAAAGCGCUCAAAUGGUCAUUUGAAUAUUUCCUAUUGAGAUUCUCAGCUGGAAAGGUGCUAUCAUCGUAACUGCACCUUAUCUGUCCUGUAUGUCCCAUGGCUGGUGCUAGCUAUCAUGUAACAUACUCAAAGGAACGGUUUCUUUUUUUCCAGAUGCCAGCUUACUACUCCCAGUACCUAUGCUAUACACAGCACUGAAACAUUUUAAAAACUAAAACAGGAAGAAAAAACCCCCACAAAUGUAUCCAUUGUGAUUGCACGUGCUGACAGUUUUAUGUUCCACAUUUCACUAGAGAUGUGGGAGACUGGCUCUUUCAGACAGUAUCUGACUGAAGGGUUGAAAAAUAGCUAUCUUUGGGUAUUUCUUACUCUGUUUUAGCCUGUGGCAUACUGACAUUGGUCCUCCCUUCAUUGCUGGCAUAGAAUUGCAAUUAUUUAAUUCACAAAAAAGGAUCCUGUGUUUAAUAUCAUGAAACUAGAUCAAAAUAUUAUUGCCAAAAUGGCCUUGCUUUGUUUGUGAAUGCAAAUUUCAGUUGUUUAUAAAUACCUUCCCAGCAUCCCCUUUGUUAGAAACAUUCCUGCUCUACAAGUGACCUUGAUAACAGAAAAGAUUAAAGCUAGUUUCUUGUUAGAAUUUAGCAGAUGCCCACAAAUGGAUUAUUUAUUCCCAACAGGGUCAUUUUAGCCAAAGGUGUUUGUCAAACUGGGGAAAAGAGUAAAUUAAAGUAAGAUUGGUUGCUAAGUGGGGUGACUUGAGGUGUGGAAAUUGACUUAGCAAAGGAGUGACGGGAAGGCAUCUGUAAGUAGAACAGCUACAGCACAUAGAGCACAAUGCCCAAGGUAAGGCUCCCAGUCCUGUAUUUGCAGCUUGAUUGUGAAAGGUGCUUCCUUCUUGCAACUCCCAGGGAGUUAUGGGCACUCAGCAAGUCUGAGAGAGAGACUUGGACACUCAGGUUGGCAUUUAGGAGCCUAAAAUGUGGAUUUUGGUGGCCAAGUGACUGCUUAAACACCCAAAUGCAAAACUGGUUGACCCAAUUUAAGUGCCUAAGUUUGAAAAAUAGGCCCUUAGUUUGAGUGAUGUAACAAUAGUCAUUAGACAUCCUGCUUUGUUGCUAAUUUGAUAAGAAACUCCAUUUGCAAGAGGCUUCCAAUACUCUACUUAGCUACUGAACACAAAUGAAUAUAAAAAGGCUAUUUCAAAGGAUCAGUAAUAGAAAAUAUUUGUGCCCAGAGGACUAAAUGAAUGCCAUAGAGCUCCAGCAAAGUCCGUUUGGUUUCAAAAGAAAUGAAGAAGAAAGAAAAUCCAUUUUCUGAGUGUGUAAUUGCUAAUGUUAAAAAUGUCCACAGAUUUCUAGCUUUAGGGCCACAAAAGUCUCUCUUUGGCUGGGACA